CCUCUGCAGCCUCUCUGAUGAUGUCUUCCCCGGACAGUGAAUUUGGGAUUCAUGACCUCUCUCCUCCCUCAGAGCAGCUGGAGUUUGCAGAUUGUGGCAGUGCUGGGGUGGAUGUGGCUCAGCAGCACCACUUUCUACGGGUGACAGGGAGGGGCAGUGAGGUGAUGGCAGAGAAAAGGGAACUGGGCAGCCGCCCCCCAGGGUGCAGCUGGCUCUGGGGGGUUCUGUGCCACGGCUGCAUGUUUGGGAGGAAGCUACAAGUGGGGCUGUGGCCUCAAAAUGGAGCUGCUGUGGGGAAGGGAGCAGGUGGUUGAUGACUGGUGGCUGCUGGAUCGGGAGAACCAGAGAUCCCUUCAGCAGCAGGAAGGGCAGAGCAGAGGCCCAAACAAGCAGGAGGUGUCAAGGGUGAAAGGGAACCUGUGGAUAACCCAGCUCCUCCUGGGGAAGGAUGCUCUGGAGAUGCAGAGCUGGCACAGGUUGCCCAGAGAAGCUGUGGCUACCCCAUCCCUGGAAGUGUUCUAGGCCAGGUUGGACGGGGCUUGGAGCCACCUGGGCUGGUGGAAGGUGUCCCUGCCCGUGGCAGGGAGUGGAAUGAGAGGAGCUUUAAGGUCCCUUCCAACCCAAGGAGCCUGUCUGUGGUUCCCAAGGAGCUUGUGGGUGUGUUAACAGGCAAGGAGGUGCCAAUUUUGGGUGUUACACGUGUUUUGUGGGUCACUGUAGAUUUGUGAGGCUCUGCAGGGUCUGCAAUCCCCCAGGUACAACCUGUGAGCUGUAGAUCCAUCCCAGCAGGUCUGUGAGCUCCUCAGUGCCAGAGCUCUGCAGGGACUCUGCAGUCCCCCAGGCCGUGGUGGGUGUGGAGAGCAUCCCUGUGCCCUGCCUGUGCCAGACCCCGCUGGAAACACGACCCGUGGGAAGAUGCCGUGGUGGAGCAGUGGGAAGGUCUGCACGGAGAGCUGAGGUGGAAACCAUCUGCUUGGCCCACACUGCCCAGUCCAGGCAGCACAUUCCCAGCUCAGGUUCCACCUGCUGGAACAGCCAGCGCUCCAGUGGGUGUCCUGGUGCCACUGGAUGGGAAAGCUCAGGAUGGAAGGGAUUGAGCAAUGGUCGGUCCCUGCCAAGGCACAGUGUCCGGCGUGGGAAGCGUGGCUCCUUCCAUCUAACCCUGCCCUCUCUCCACACGCUGCUUCUGGCUCUCGUUUCUUUUGGCAGAAAAUUCACAUUCUCAUCCCCCCUCUCCUCCCCUCGGCUUCGCCGGCUCCUCUCCGGCACUUCUCCGCUUCUCCUCCUGCCUGUGGGCUGGGAAGGGCCCCCAGAGCCACGGUGGAGACGCUGCUGUGGAAGGAAGGAAGAGCCAGGAGCUCCGGGAGCUGCCGGUCCUGCUGUGAGAGGACACAGGGAAGAGGACCUUUGUCUGUGCUGCUGUGCCAGGCCCCAGCCCUGGGAUGCAGCCCGUGGCCCUGCAGAGCCUGUCGGAGCUGGAAAGGGCCAGCCUGCAGGAGCUCGCGCUGUACCGGCUGCAGGACAAGCUGCUCGUGGGGGAUCUCAGCCUGGACAGAGAUGGAUCCAAAGGCAGUAAAUCCAUCCGGCAGAAGCUGGAGAGCUUCUCAAAGGAGAGGAAAGACUGCUCUCCCCACACCUUCGGGAUCCCGCUCUCCCAAGUCAUUGCCAACGACCGCGCCCACCGGCAGCUCCAGGAAGCCGUGGGGAAGAGUCGCCGGCUCUGCCUGGAGGUGGAGGCCACGGUGACCAGGUUUCGGGCUCAGAGGCAGAAGAAAUCCGGGAUGGGCCCAAGGUGUGUCCGAGCACCCGAUGGGGGCUUCCCCGAGGAGCCGCUUUCCCCAAGUCUUCUGGACAAGAGCUCCUGGAGCCAGCGGAGGGGGGCCAUGUCCGUGGAUUCCAUCACCGACCUGAGCGACAACGCGUCCAAGCUGCUGGAGGCGCUGCAGCUGUCCCACCCCCACGAGCUGGACCCACGGAGAAUCCUGGGCAAGAAGAAGACGCUGAGCCUCAACCCCAUCAGCUGGCAGGUCCCACGGAUCGUGGACAGGUGCUGCACACACAUUGAGACACACGGUCUCCAAACAGUGGGAAUCUUCCGCGUUGGGAGCUCCAAGAAAAGAGUUCAGCAGCUGAGGGAAGAGUUUGACCAAGGGCUGGAUGUUUUGGAUGAGCAUCAAAGUGUUCAUGAUGUGGCUGCUCUGCUCAAAGAGUUUCUUCGGGAUAUGCCGGAUUCCCUGAUUCCCAGAGAGCUCUAUGGAGCCUUCCUCAGCACAGCCACCAUGGAGGGGCCAGCACAGCUGGAUGCCCUCCAGCUGCUGCUCUUCCUGCUGCCCCCCUGCCACAGCGACACCCUGCACCGGCUCCUGCGCUUCCUGGGAGAGGUGGCCCGGCACGCCGAGCGCUCCUGGGAUGCCGACGGCCGGGAGGUUCCCGGGAAUAAAAUGACAGUUUCAAACCUGGCCACGGUCUUUGGUCCCAACAUCCUGCAGAAGGAGAAGCCUGGAGAGAAAGAUGCCAGUGCCCUGAACUUUGAGGACAGCGCUGCCAUAAUCCUGGUGCUCCAGAGGCUGAUCGAGCACCACCAGGCCCUGUUCAUGGUCUCUCCAGAGAUGCAGUGUGACAUCCUGAGGAGGCUGUUCCAGACAGAUCCCGAUGUCAUUGACUACCUGCUGCGCAGGAAGUUCCCUGCUGUGCCGCACCUGGAGCGUGAGGGUUCCGCAGAGGGCCGCUCUCCCUCGGCACUGCCCGGCUGGACACGCAGCCUGGAGAGCAGCUCGGUCUCCUCGGAGCUCUACAGCAACGUCUCAUUCCUGAACCUGCACGUUGGCAUCUAGAUCCAGGGUGCUGCCCAGACACACAGCUCUGGGCUUGACAGCUCACUGGGAAAGACUGGAGGAGAAAAUCAUGGAAUUGUUGAGGUCGGAAAAGCCCUCCAAGACUAUCCAAGUUCAACUGCUCCCACAGC